AUGGCACACCAGCGAGUUCCCACUGACGAGAGGCCAUUCGCCUGCUCAGAAUGCGCCAAACGAUUCAUUCGGUCAUCCGACCUACAAAGACACCAUCGAGUUCACACUGGGGAGAAGCCCUUCCUUUGUUCAGAAUGUGGGAAGCGAUUCACUCAAUCUUCCACCCUACAGAGACAUCAGCGAGUUCACACCGGGGAGAAGCCAUUCACCUGCUCAGUCUGUGAGAAGAGAUUCGCUCACUCAUCCACCCUAAAGAGACAUCAGCGAGUUCACACUGGGGAGAAGCCCUUCCUUUGUUCAGAAUGUGGGAAGCGAUUCACUCGAUCUUCCACCCUACAGAUACAUCAGCGUGUUCACACCGGGGAGAAGCCAUUCACUUGCUCAGUCUGUGGGGAGAGAUUUAUUCGUUCAUACACCCUACAGAGACAUCGGCGAGUUCACACCGGGGAAAAGCCAUUCACCUGCUCAGUCUGUGGGAAGGGAUUCACUCAGUCAUCCCACCUAGAGAGUCACCAGCGAGUUCACACCGGGGAGAAACCAUUCACCUGCUCAGUCUGUGGGAAGGGAUUCAGUCAGUCAUCCCAUCUACAGAGUCAUCAGCGUGUUCACACUGGGGAGAAGCCAUUCACCUGCUCAGUCUAUGGGAAGGAAUUCACUCAGUCAUCCCAUCUACAGAGUCAUCAGCGUGUUCACACUGGGGAGAAGCCUUUCACCUGCUCAGUCUGUGGGAAGGGAUUCACUCAGUCAUCCACAUUACAGAGACACCAACGAGUUCACACCGGGGAGAAGCCGUUCACCUGCUCCGAAUGUGGGAAAGGAUUCACUCAGUCAUCCACAUUACAGAGACACCAACGAGUUCACACUGGGGAG